AUGGGAAUGAUAGGAACGUCCAAUGGAUGGUUAGCUACUUUGAAGAAGGACGAGGUGUGUCUCCGAGAAUACCCGGCUCCACGGCUCCAGGGUCGUGAUCCGAAAUCCAUUUCAUUGCCUCCUCUUGAAUCUCUGUCUCUUUGUCAAACCCAGAUGGUCACCAACAUUGCAAUGUCCUCACCUUUUCCAGAGGAAGAGGAUUGUGUUGUGGCUGUCAAUUUCUUGGGACCUCAGCUCAGCUUUUGCAGAUCCGCUGCUGGAAGUAAUUCCGAGUGGAUCAACAUCAGAAUCGAGAAUCCUUGUUUCUUCUCCUCCCGUGUCAUGUUCUCAGAGAAAGACGAGCUGUUCCGUAUCCCCGGGUCUGGAGGCCACCUCGUGGGAUCAUGGGAUCUCAGUUGCAAACACAAGCAUCCAGAGUGGUACAAGAAGACCGUUUCCAAGACCAUCAUUAUUGAUUAUAGGAGAAUGGAAACAGAAGCUUUAAUGGUGUUGAAGCUAGAGGAAGAAGAAGGAAACGCUGUUUACACUCGAGACAUUGGAGAUCUUGUCAUUUCCCUCACAAGGUCCGAGUCUUUCUGUGUCCCUGCUAACCCCCGUUCCGACAUGCGUCCUAACCGCGUCAAGAUCAUUGCUGUCGACGAAACCGAUCUGGCUGCUCAAAAUUGGAAUUGUUAA